CCCUGGCACUUUUCGACACUGCUAGAUGUGCGGAGCUUAGUUUUGGAACGAAUUGUCCACAGGCACGGCAUGCAGGCUGCACCAAAAAGUGGUGCCAGAGAGAGCAAAAUGAGCAAAUUGCAAUGACGGCGUCGAACGGCCCAAUCACCCAAAUGGCUGCUGCUCAAUAUGGAUAAGUGAUCACACAAAACGGUCACAAUGGGCGCCGGUCGCGCAGCCCUCGCAUUGACGGCAGGCCUAGCCUGCAGUCUCCCAGUAGCUCUCUGGCUGCUCGCGCGACGACGACCGAAGCGCCGCGACGCGAUCGUCGACGCGUAUAAGCAACACAUUCAAGCGCUCGUCGCGCGGCUGCGGAACCUCAUCGCCGCGGACGACGCCGCGCCGCCGCCGCAAACGCCGCCACAGACGCCGCCGCGGAGCAAGCCAGCACAGCGCGACCCGGAAGAGGCGUACUCCUUUGCCUAUCGCCUCGAUUUACAAGGAGACAACAUCACAUUAGCGGCCGAAGCAUUGGCGUGGGUGCAGUGCCGGCGGGCCGUCGCCGACACCUGCGCCUCGCACAAUCUGAAACAGAUCACGUCCGAAACGAUAGUCUACGAUGGUGUCAUCGAGGCGACCACCGCAGCGCCGUGCGUCGCCCGGUUCCUCCAUGGCCUCGCGGCCGUGGACAACGUCGACAUACUUGUCAAAGCCCUGGCGGCGGCGCGGUCCCACGUCGACGCGCAGCGCCCGCGCCGUUCUUUGAUAGCGACGCUUGCCAAAGGCGGGGAGGUCUUCGACGUGGCCCUCGCGAAGGACGCGAAAGUGGCUUAUGAUGAUGUGUCGAUCUUUCUGUCCGCGAAAAAGAAAAAAAUAGGAUACGUGCUGUGUCGCGUCGAGAGCGGCCCCCGACUCGUACUAAGGGGUUUACAUGUUGACGAGAAGCGCCGGGGCGAAGGUUUGGCCACAUUGUUAGUGAGGCUGUGGCUGGCCGUCGCCGAGGAGCUCGGUUGUGGAAUAACAACGCAGGCCAUCGACAAGCCUGUCGUUGCCGUUAUUUUGGAGGCCGCGGGCCUCGAGCCGCGGUCGUCGAAGUUUGAGGUAUGAUGCGGCGUCCGAUCUCCACUCGCCAUCGAGCAGAUGUCGCGUCGAUGGCGUGGAGGUUGACGCGAGUCGCGCCCGAUCACAAUCGCGUCGCAGGUCAAGGUCGCGCGCGACGCGCAGAAUAGGACCGUGGUCUGGAGCCACAGCACGGACGCGCGGUCCCUCUUCAGCCGCCGCUUCGAGAGCUCGCAGGGCUUCCGCGUUAAAGAUGAGGGCGAGAUGUCGCCGAAGCGCAACGUGCGCCGCGCCCACGUGCGGACAACGUUUGCGCUGCCUCUCGAUAGAGCGCCGGAGCCGCUUCAAGGCAUAUCCUGGCGCGCCGCGCGGUUGGUCGCCUUCGCGAACGGCGUGCCGGCGCUGCGGCGGCGUUUAAGGGCGGGCGAGGGAGUCGCUUCGCCACCACGUAGCAUACGGUAAGAAGUUUUGAGGACGUCUAGAAGCGCCGG